ACACCAAGCUGAAAACACACGGUCGUUCCGGAUCGCUCCAACCAUGGCUCUCCCCGCGACGGCUGCUGCCAGACCUCUCCGGCUCUACGCGCUCUGCGCCCGGACAUCCCCGGCGGCCUGGGCCGGUCAUCACCUCCAUGUCCGAGUGGCUUCGACCAGACAUUUGAACGUACAGGCGUCGACUGAAGCGGGGAAGCUAAAAACCAUAGAGGACCUGCCGGGACCCAGCCUCGCCACCACUCUGUAUUGGUUAUUUGUGAAGGACUAUGCGCUCAAGAGGCACGCACUGCAGGUGGAACAUAAACGUCUGUAUGGGCCAAUCUGGCGCUCCAAGGUAGGCCCGUAUGACCUGGUGAAUGUGGCGUCUCCAGAGCUCAUAGCCCAGGUGAUUAAACAGGAGGGCCGCUACCCGGUCCGUGUCGAGUUGCCACACUGGAAGGAGUACCGGGACCUGAGGGGACAAGCCUACGGGCUGCAUGUGGAUAAAGGACCAGAGUGGUACCGAAUACGCAGCGUUUUGAACCCCAAGAUGCUGAAGAUACGGGAAGUGUCAGCCUAUGCCUCCAUCAUCCAUGAGGUGGUUGGAGAUCUGCUGCAACGCGUUGAGCUUCUCCGCCUUCGCAGCAAGGACCAGACCACUGUGGCUGAUGUGUCCUCCGAACUCUACAAGUUUGGUUUCGAAGGUAUCUCCUCCAUCUUGUUUGAGACCAGGCUGGGUUGCCUGCAGCAGGAGAUUCCCAAAGAGACUCUGCGCUUCAUCUCCGCUGUUGACGAAAUGCUGACGCUGUCCGAUAUAGUGAUUAUCUUUCCUCGCUGGAGCUACAACAUCCUUCCCUACUGGAAGCGCUUCAUCAAGGCUUGGGACGAUAUCUAUGACGUUGCCCAGAAACUGAUUAACAAGAGAGUAGCUGAGAUCGCAGCUCAGCAGCAAGGCGGUGAGGCGGUGGAGGGCAUGUACCUGACCCACCUGCUGUCCUCUGACAAGCUGUCCCGGGCCGAGGUCUACAUCAGCGUCACUGAACUGCUGCUGGGAGGAGUCGACACGACCUCCAACACCCUGUCAUGGACGUUGUACCAUCUAGCGAGGGACAGCAGGGUCCAGGAGCGUCUGUACAGCGAGGUGAACUCAGUGUGUCCAGGCGGGCGGCAGCCAACAACAGACGACCUGAAAAGGAUGCCCUACCUGAAGGCCGUCAUAAAGGAGACCUUACGUUUGUAUCCUGUAGUUCCUGGAAAUGGCCGCUUCACCACAGAGAACGAAGUGGUUGUGGACAACUAUUGGUUCCCAAAAAGGACCCAGUUCCACCUGUGUCACUAUGCAGCCAGUCAUGAUAAGGCAGAGUUUCCGGAUCCAGAGGUCUUCAUGCCGGAGCGAUGGCUGCGUGGGGGGACGACCAGGUACCAGCACCACCCAUACAGCUUCAUCCCAUUUGGUGUCGGCGUGCGAGCCUGCGUUGGCAAGAGGGUGGCAGAGCUGGAAAUGUACUUUGCCCUCUCCAGGCUAAUGCAGCACUACAAGGUCCUGCCUGAGGACAGUGCACACGUUGUGGAGCCCAAAACCCGAACGCUGCUCAUCCCUGGCCAGCCCAUCAACCUGCGCUUCCUGCCCCGGGCCUGAUGAGGGCGCUCCUGAGGGUUUUUUUUUCCAGAAUGGUGUUGGAAGAGGGGAAUGGCAUGAAAACUGUUUGCAACCAAAUUAAAUCUACACAUCUACGCUGCCACUCUGCUGAGGUUUCCCUGAAAGCUCCUGCUGUGCCACACACACACUCAUAUCUCUGAGAAUAUGACAGGUAUUAUUUUCCCUGAUAUUAAUUUGAAUGGCCAUGGUUCCCUUAUUUUCUAUUGAUAUGUGUGCCCUACUUAAGCCUUAGACUUUGCCUUCUGUGUGAUAAGGAAUAUAAGAUAAUAAGAAAAUACAGGCAUGAUACUGUGGCAGUGGAUGUCUCUUUGAUUUGGAAAUGGAUGUGUGUUUGUGUGUGUGUGUGUGUGUGUGUGUGUGUGUGUGUGUGUGUGUGUGUGUGUGUGUGUGUGCACGCACGAAAGCUUGCUAAAGUCCAAAGCACUUUGUUUAGACAUUAUUACUGUGACUUUUGACACCUGUUUUUGGAAUCAAGUUAUUCAGAAUAAAGCAGAACCUCUGCAUUGAACUUUGUUUUAAGUGGUCAAACUGAAAAACAAAAUAAUUUUUUAAAUUUGGUAACAAAAUUGAAAUGCCUGUAAAGAAUGAAAGCAUCAAUAGAGUAUUUGAAAGCAAAUUUCAAGGCAUAUAGAUCAGAAACAUCUUGUAGACAAAACUGAAAGAAAAGUAAAUAUUAGUUUACAAAGCAUUUUAGCUUAUGUUUUUCACAUAUUUCUCAAUAUUUAAGAGACAUAUGUGAACACUGUAAAAUCUAUUUUCGUAUUAUGGAAGAGAGCCAUAUGAGUCAUAAAUACUCCAACAAAUUGUUUUACCAUUGCAAAAGUUUUGAAAAUCAAAGGUGUGACUAAGCUUAAAACUUUCAAAGGAAAAAAUGGUUUAUUUCCUGUAUGUUAUUCAUACCAAGGCAAGGGGAUCACGUCCACAGAAAGAGACAUAACUAGUACACAUGUAAAGAGGAAUAAUCAGCUCCAAAAGUUUCUUUUUCUGUACUCUUUGUUUUAAGCGUGACAUUUUCUUCCUCCCUCUCCUUUUUGGUCGCAAAGCAUAUAAAAUGUUUGUUUAAUCGGAAUUUGUAUGCAAUAAUACCGUUGCUUUUCACUGAAGACAAA